AUGCCCCUUCUUGUGGGGACAGGAUGGGCUUUGGAAUGGCUCAGCGGGCAAAGAGAGGGCUCUUGUCCCUGGUCCCACAUCCCCUGCACCACCACCCCCCCACCCCGACCCAGAGGGGAGCCUCAGAGAGUGGUGUGCAGAGUGCGGAAGGAGGGCGUGGGAACCAGAGCCCCUCCGGGAGAGGCCUCCGGAGAUGGAGAGCUGCAGCUGCAGUGGCUGUGGGUGGUAGAGUCGGUGCCAUCCCUCACAGCAGCUGGGAGGAGGGCCCGGGCCCCGUGGGCCGGCCUGGCCUUUCUCAGAGCGAGGCUCCCCUGCAGGCACUCAGGCCUCGUAGGCCUCGGGCCCCACCGCUCCCUGUUUGGGUACUCUGCCCCCCUCCCCCAGCCCCUGGGCUGCUGCUCGCUUGGCCUUCCCUGGGGGUCUGCCACACUGGCAGCCAUCUGCGCCCAGCUCCCAGAAAGACAGAGGGCCGCGUGGGGCCGCUGGGAGGUGACCCCAGCGGCCAGAGAGAUGCUGGGAGCUGGUGAGGGGGAGAGUUAA